UUCUCUUGUUCCUGUAACUCUGUAACUAUAACACCACUUCAUCUUCUCUCUCUCAGUUCCUCUCUCUCUCUCUCUCUAGGGUUUUAUCCUUCCAUCUUUGCUACUUGCUCAGAGCUACGAAUGGAAGCAGCGGCGGCGGCGACGGCAACGGCAACUGUCUUCCCAUCAUCCGCCGGUCCAUGCAAGCCGUCGAUUUUCCUCGGAAGGUCCACCGUUUUGGCAUUCCGUUCCAAUUUUCAGAUCUCCAGUAAGCUACGCACUUCUGUAUCUAUCCCCAAGCAAAGUCAUGGGAGACUCUUUGUCAAAAGUAGAAGGGAUUUUGUAGUUAGAGCUGCAUCGUCAUCUCCAGAGUCAUCUGGAUCAAGUUCCAAGAUUGCUCCACUUCAGCUGGAAUCUCCAAUUGGGCAGUUUCUGUCUCAGAUUUUGAUAAGUCACCCGCAUCUUGUGCCUGCUGCUGUAGAGCAACAGCUUGAGCAAUUCCAAACUGAUCGUGAUGGUGAUAAACAAAAGGAAGAACCUUCUGCUUCAGGCACUGAUUUAGUUUUGUACAGGAGAAUUGCUGAGGUUAAGGCUAAUGAAAGGAGAAGAGCUCUAGAGGAGAUAUUGUAUGCUUUGGUGGUGCAGAAAUUUAUGGAUGCCAAUAUUUCUCUGGUACCCUCCAUAACCCCAAACCCUUCUGGUCGAGUUGAUUCUUGGCCAAGUGAAGAUGGGAAACUUGAGGAACUUCACUUGCCUGAAGCCAAUGAGAUGAUCCAAAACCACUUGGCUCUCAUUCUGGGUAAUCGAUUAGGGGAUUUAGCAGCUGUAGCUCAGAUCAGCAAACUCAGGGUAGGACAAGUCUAUGCAGCGUCAAUAAUGUAUGGGUACUUUCUUAAGCGCGUUGUGCAAAGGUUCCAGCUGGAGAAGACAAUGAAAACUCUUCCUAAUGCAGCAGAAACAAAUAGCAUUCAGCAAACUGUUGUAGACGAUACAGGAAUCAGUGGUGGAGAGGUCCCUUCUCAAGUAAUGUCCCAUCCUGAAGUCUCCGGUUGGCCUGUUGGUGGCAUGAGUUCGGGGGGCUUUGGUCACGGGACAAAGGUGUCUAGGUUGCGCGCCUAUGUGAUGUCCUUUGAUGGUGAGACACUACAGAGGUAUGCAACAAUAAGAUCCAAAGAGGCUGUCAGCAUCAUUGAGAAGCACACAGAAGCAUUGUUUGGAAGACCUGAAAUUGUUAUAACACCGGAUGGGGCAUUCGAUUCUUUGAAGGAUGAAAACAUCAAAAUCAGCUUUGGUGGUUUGAAGAGACUUGUUUUAGAGGCUGUAACUUUUGGUUCUUUUCUCUGGGAUGUUGAGAGCUAUGUUGACUCAAGCUAUCAUUUUGUCUUAAACUGAAUUCUGCUCUCGCCCAUGCACCCCAAGGGAAAGUUCGUAUGCUGUUGGUACUGACCAAUUUAUUUGUACAACUGUAGCCGAAAUAUUUAUCACACAUUGAUCUGUAUAUAGUGACAGUGAAUCUGGUUUUCACUAAGAAUGAAAUGUUUGUCUUCAAGUUUGAUGUUCGCUUAUUUGUUUAUCGUUCGUUAUCACCAUCAAAUCCUUACAGAUAAAUUAGU